AAGAAAAGAAAAACGUUUGGUCACCACUCCCCAGAGCCUUCUCUCCUUUGUUGAAAAUCUACCAAUCGCCGAACCAAAUCGAACAAAGCCUGAGUCUUAUUGAAGUGGACAUGGUUUGCUUGGCGUGUUUGUUGCCGCUCUUCCUUGUUCCAAUUGUGAACCUUUUGCCACUUCUCUUCGAUUUUAUCAUGGCGAAGAUUUACAGAUUAUUUGGGAAGGAGUACCAAAAACCUGCUAGGGCUCCUCCAGCUUGUCCUUAUAAACCGUCGACCACCAAGCCCAAUAAUUCAGUUCUAAAGGAUUCUUCUGUAGAUCAAGAGCCUCUCCAUUCAUUGGCUGGAGGUGAUCAUGGCAAGAGUGAAUGAAAACGUUACAUGUUAUGCAACUGUUAGAUGUGUUCUAUAUCUUUACUCAUAUUUACUACGCAUAUUCUGUUAUACUCCGUACUAAACAUUGGAAAAUAUAGAUGUUGGUAAAAUCUAAAAAGACUUCAGUUUCGCACUCCGACAUGACACAUUCAACCUUUUAAAUACUUCAAAUAGAUGUUGGGUGAUGUUGGCGAUCCAUGUGGUGUGGCAAUAUCUAUUUCUAAUUUAUUGGAAAUACAACAUCUAUUGUCAUAUUUUUAUUAAUAGGAAUUAAGGACAACAUCUCUUUUCCCACCUUAAGAAAUUCUCAACAAACGAGAAUCUUUCAACAAAUUAGUUGGAACAUGAAAGCUGCUGGUGUGGCAAUUUUGCUGAUGUUGCGAUCCAUGUGUGAUCCUCGUGGUAGACUCGUAUCAAGCUGGACUGAAUUUACUGUUUUAAGAGGAUCUCUGCUGGUUUAAAGAAGACAGGAAAGAGUCUCACAUCCUUAUGAAGAUUACUUGUAGUGGCCAGGUUUUAUUUACACUGAUUAAGAGCAUCUCCAUUCAUCCUCCUCAAUUUUACCGUUUUUUAUGGCUUGUUACUGCCAUGUUAUGUGUUCUAUUUCUUUACUCAUAUUUACUACGCAUAUUCUGUUAUACUCCGUACUAAACAUUGGAAAAUAUAGAUGUUGGUAAAAUCUAAAAAUACUUCAGUUUCGCACUCCGACAUGACACAUUCAACCUUU